GGCGUUCCCGCGCAAGCGUGUUGACAUCCGUUGUAUGGUAUUUCCGGGGCUUCGUGGAAAAGCACGCAAGUUUGUACAAGUUUAAAGUGGGCAAGGCUAGGUCACAUCAAGUGCGAAAACUGUGCGAAACGUGUGUUAUUUCCAAAAAUUCGCAUAUAAUGUCAACAAGCACAAUGCCUUGGCGAAAGAGCAGUUUCGAUCUUGACUCUCCUGCUCAGAAUAAAACUGAAAAAGGGGCUAUUCGUUAUUUUUUUCGGCUAGAAAGUGAGAGCUCGGCUGCUAGUGCAGACGACACCGAGAGUGUUUAUAGCGUGCAGGAUAAAGAAACUGACGUUGUGAGGGACACUUCGGACACGUCGUCAAAUACAUCUGAAUACCACUUAGUAGACAUCGAGUAUGAAAUUGAGAGUGUCUCUGCGUCUGACGACGAAAGAGACGUGAUCAUUUUCGACUCAUCUGGGGAAUCCGAGGACAUGAUAUAUGCAGCAGCCAUGGUCGCCGACAGCUCGUUCGAAACUUUCGUAACCGACGCCGAGGAUUCGGACAACAGCAUGCAGGACGACUCAAACACGGGUCCGACGGAUUACUGGACUUGUAUACAGUGCAAAUCCCAAAAUGAUCAUCCGCAAUAUAGGUUUUGCGAGAAAUGUUUUCAGGAUCGCAAGGCGAUAUUUCCCCCCCGACCCAGACGCCGCAAAAAGGCAGAACAGAACACGGAAAAGCCCCUUUUGCCGGUGAAAUUAGACGUAUUACAGUCCUGCCUCAACGGACUGUCUUCUCAAGACUCCGGCAUUAGCUCCAGCCAAGAGUUCGGCUCGCUCUGCUUAGACCAGAUCGUCGUUCCGAGCUCGGAAAAACCCUCCACCAGCUUACCAGAACCAGAACCAGAAGAAGAAGUGAAGAGCCGCAAACGCCAAUUCUCCGAGAGUAGCCUGUCGGACGAGUACGAAGCCAAGAGACCCCGAAAGCAAGCCAAGACGACGAAGGAAGAGAAAGGGAAGGUAGAAGAGAAGAAGGUAGAAGAGAAGAGCGACGACAAGAAGGAUAACGUGGUUAGUGAGUCGGCAAGGACUAAAGAUGAGCCAGUAAAGGGUCCUCUACCCGAGUUAAAAGAGGAUUGUAUUGUGUGUAACGUAAAGCCGAAAAAUAGUGUUUUCUUACAUGGACGCAUAGCUCAUAUGUGCUGUUGUUACACAUGCGCUAUGCGCACGUGGAAGUCGGUCAAACGAUGUCCCAUAUGCCAACGAAAAGUCAGUAAUGUAGUAAGGGUUUUCACGGCUUAGAUGCGAUUUCUUGUUAGGUGUACAGAAGAAAUUUAGUGUACAGAAUAAAUUUAAUUUAUUACGUAGGUAGGCGAAGCAUAUCAAAAACUUAAAGAGUGAAGCCAAAGAUAAAUAGAUAUUAUUAGAUUUUUAUUUUAUUUUUUUAGAAACUUUUUAAGAGUUGCCAUAGACAGACAUUGCCAAACGCGACUUGUUAACUGAUAGUAGUGCCCUGGUUAAGUAGUGAUCUAAGGAACACUCUUUAGAUUUUUGAGAUGCUCAUACAGAUACGGAAAAGCUGCUUUGUAUUAAUGGGUUGGGGCAUUGCUAGAAGGUCUUAAAGACAGUAAUUAUAGUUUUUUUUUUUUUUAAACUUGCACUGGUAUUAUUUCUAAUUAAAUGUAGAAAUAUAUAUCCACUUGCCAAAACCAGAUUGUUUUUUAUGCUAAUUAUUCAUAAAAAAUUUAAUCUCUUUUUUUUUAAGUUAAAUGUUGCUUUAUUUCGAACCUUACAUGUUUGUAACUCAUUCAGUCAGAACAAUGUGCAAUUUGACAAAUUUUGUUUAAUGAUUAAAUUUAGUAAUAAAAA